AUCCAACGAGUAAUAUUUUUUUUCUUGACUAAUAUAAACAUCAUUUACUAUGGUCUCAAACUGCAUCUGAAAUCUUAUUAAGUUUCUAAGCAUUUAUCAGAAAGCUGCAAUGGCCACCGAGCGAUUCUCAACCAUGCUCAUUUCCGUUCUCGUACUUGCUUUGGUCUUAUCUCCAAUCCUUCCAUGUCAAGCAACUCGAGCGCAUCUAGAUGCUGAAACGCGUAUGCUGAGGCGCGUGUGUCCUUCGUGUGUGUGUUGUGCACCGGCUCCACGAGGUGCUUGCUGCCCAUGUCGAUGCCCCAAAAAUCCCUAAAAGCUUCGACUUUGAUUUCGUCUAACACCUUGUCAUGUGUUUAAUAUGAUCUUAUUUACAUGUGAAUAAGCAAUCAAAAGAUUAGACUCCGUAUGAAUCUUGUCACUCAGGCCAUUCUACUUUGAUUGUUAUAGGAUAAAAAAAAAAGUAUUCUAUAUGUUUUGUUUGCCUUGUAGCUUCGUUUUAAACUUAUUAUUAAAGUGGAUCGGUCAAUGUUUGAGGAACCUUUGAAUUCUCAUUCAACUCAGAAAU